AUGUCUGCUUCCAAAUUGGACAGAGCUUCCAGUGUGAGAGAGACCCUCUCUAGGUACAGGAACGAGUUCAUCUCUCUUCUCUCCCGGUAUGUUGCUGGGGGCAAAGGAUUACUACAACCACAUGACCUACUGGACCAUGUAGAAAAGAUUCUUCAAGAGGAUGAAGGGAUGCUGAAACUCAAAGAAGAUCCCUUUGUUAAAGAGCUAGAAUAUGCACAGGAAGCCAUUGUUCUACCACCUUUUGUGUCUAUAGCUUUGCGCCCAAGACCUGGUGUUUGGGAGUAUGUUCGUGUUAACGCAUUUGAACUCAGUGUGGAUAGUCUGAGUGUUGCAGAAUAUCUUCAAUUCAAAGAAGAACUUGUAGAUGGAAAGUACAAUGACAAGUAUAUGCUUGAACUAGACCUUGAACCAUUUAAUGCAACAUUCCCUAAACCAACUCGAUCAUCCUCUAUUGGUAAUGGUGUUCAGUUUCUCAACCGUCAUCUGUCAUCAUUCAUGUUUCGUAACAAAGAAAGUUUGGAUCCUCUCCUUGCAUUUCUACGCACACACAAAUAUGAUGGCCAAGCAAUGAUGAUAAAUGACCGGAUUCAUCACAUAUCCGAGCUCCAGUCUUCCUUGGCAAGGGCAGAAGGAAUACUUUCUAAGAUCCAACCGAAUACACCAUAUUCUGACUUUGAAUAUGAGUAA